AGCCGCGUGGCUGAGCGAACGGGACAGACGCUGACGCCAUCGCCGCGACGCCUCGUCGUCGGCCCAGCGAGCAAUGCUGCGGUUCGCCCGCACAAGCUUGAGUGCCUGCCGGAGAGCAUGCUCUCCCGGGCGGACGUCAGCUACAGCCGCAGCAAUCACACUCACAACUCUGCCGAUCAUGCCAAGCUUACUGUCACUGCUACCGCAACGCCUCGAACGAGCGAUCUUGAGCACGAUCAAAGCUCACUCGCUGGGGCGAAGAGCCUACAACGCGCUGUGCUGGCAUCCGCACAGUUUCGGCCGCCGGCAAGCUCUCAGGCCGUGGUUGCGAUCGCUCGUCACGACGUCGUGCGUGCACGUGGCUGCCGACGGCCGCGCGACGGCGACGCCACGGGACGCGCUGCCGCCGAGACGUGGCGUGCGCAUCGUGGCGAUCAGCGACACGCAUAACUUGCACGGCGACCUGCGACAAGUGCCGGACGGCGACGUAUUAAUACACUGCGGCGACGGCCUGCGCCGCGGCGGCGACGAGGACGCCGUCCGGGCGCUGGGGCGCUGGCUCGCGUCGCAGCCCCACGCCGUCAAGGUCGUGACGGGCGGCAACCACGACGCGACGCUGGAACGGCUGUCGCGCGAACGCGUCGCCGAGCUGCUCGGCACUGGUGUGCAUUUUGCGGUGAACGAGGGCGUCAAGGUUGAAGGCAUACGCAUCUUCGUGUCGCCCUACUCGAACGCCAACAGCGCGCGGUCGCCAAAUAGGGCGUUCCAGGGCGACGACGUGCUCGAGGAACUCCGUGCGACGCUGCCGGCCUUCGCAAAGGACGGGCUCGACGUCUUCGUGAGCCACGGCCCGCCGGCCGGCAUACUGGACAAAGGUGCCGGCUCGGACGCUUUGGCGGAGCUCGUCCGCGACACAAAACCGCGCUACCACAUCUUCGGCCACCAGCACAACUGCUUCGGGACGAUCGUAAAGGGGCGCACGUGCUUCGUCAACGCGUCGUCGACCGACGGGCUCUUUGCGCUGUGCAAGCCGCCGCUCGUCGUCGACGUCGUCGCGGACGCGGCGGCGAUGGCGCCGAGCGAGAGCUUCUUCGACGUCGAUUAUAUGCGUGGGCGGCUCGCGCUUGUGAGUUAAGUUGUUUUCUUGUUAUCUGUAGAGUUGGCCAGCACAAAAGCGGCACAGAUGGGGGGGGAAACCAGGCAGCGAUGUUAUUGAGGGC